AUGUCAUCUUUCCUUUCUAUACUGGAGGAAGCCAGGGGAGAGGCCCUCGAUAGUCACAAAGCCACCCCUGAGUCCACUACUCCCAAGAGAAAUAUUGUAAGGUUGAAAAAAGGGGUUCCGCGGACCCAGAAGAACAUGAGGCGGAAAGACGGUUGUGAUACCGAUUUCGGACACUCAUCGAAAUCUGUCAUUCCACCCACAUCUUGUAGUGACAACAACAAAGAGCAGCUCAAAGGCCAAAAGCGUCUUCCUCUGGUCAAUCAGAAGGACAAGAUGCUCACGAAGAGGAGGAGGAUCCCAAGCUCUGAUAAAAUCAGUGGUGGGAAGGCUGGUAAGGAGCAGAAGCCCUCUUCAACAACCAGUGCCUCUCAUGUUAUCAAAGUCAAGCCCAAAACGGUGGCGGUCUCACGGGCCACGCAGAAUCCCGACCACGAUACCAAGGGACAAGAUUCGGAAGACGAUUUCGUCGUCGACGACAUGGCAUAUAAACCCCGGAAAUCAAAGGUCGGUGCAAUGGCCCGUUCAAAACUCUUUGCAGGAAUGAAAUAG